AUAGUCUUUUAAGAACAUUUUACUGGAAACAUUUUUUGGAUACGGCGCUCCGUUAUGGAGUUAUGAUUUUUUAAAUAACAUGAUGUCAGAAAAUCAGCCCAAAAGCUUAUCUUAUUUCUGUUGGUUACGCACCGCUGAUUCGCAAUGUUUGUCAUCACUUCAUGAUGUCUACCGAUUCGUAGCAAUGUCUCAUGUUUUCGUUCUUAUUUUUUAUAAACAAAUUCAGAAUGGCCUUCCCGCAAGGGGAAAUUGUGGAAGGGGAGGUUAACUGUGAGGAAUUGGCAUUAGACGUGUUUGAUCUCAUUAAGGACAUCAGAGAUCCAGAGAAAGUGGAGACCCUUGAAGAAUUGAAUGUUGUUAGCGAGGAGGGAGUAGUAGUGAAGAAGUUGAAUGACAAGGACUGUUUUUUAAUCACCAUUAACUUUACUCCAACAGUCCCACAUUGUUCCUUAGCAACUCUCAUAGGUUUGUGUCUUCGGGUAAAAUUGGAAAGAUCGCUACCAUAUAAACAUAAGGUUGAUAUUUAUAUCACUAAGGGAACACAUUCAACAGAAGAAGAAAUCAACAAGCAAAUAAAUGAUAAGGAGAGGAUCGCUGCGGCAAUGGAGAAUCCAAACCUAAAGGAACUUGUUGACAGUUGUUUAAAGGAUCGCAGCUGAAAGAUUCCAGCAAAUGACAACCUUACUAGCCUAGCUCAACAGUUAGUAGGCUUCCAUGUGCUUUCAAACAAACUAUACGUGCUCAAACUAAAGAAUACGGGUAUAAAUCUUGUUGUAAAGAGGUAGAAUAGGCUUACCACAGUAUUUAUUUUAACAAUUUUACUGCCAAGCUUUUGUCUUAGUUUCAUCCCAUACGCCAAGGCAUUAAGGGCGCCACCAUAAUGAAAAUCAUUCCCAUCCACUGUAAUGAAACACAAACAAACAUACAGUAUGUAUUUUUAGAUCAUUUACUUCCGGGUGGGUCCUACCCUGAACCUCCAGGAUCAGAGUUCACGUUCUGGCGGCCAAUGCCAGCAAGUACGUGCAAUACGAUAGUGGUAUGUUUAGACAAUUGUGAAUGUGAACGCGUGUCAUUAGCACCCAGAGUGAACCCUGUCAGACGUGAACUUCCCGACAGGGAAUGUGUUAAUUUCAUUCAGUUUGGGUAGAUUAAUGAUUGUGUUGAUUGCGUUUAGUUACCAAUUACUUUGAUCGCAUUUCCGCACCUCAAUAACGGAGACAGGAUAGUAACAAUCCCAAAUGCUAAGAUUUCCUGAAUGCAAUUUUAAGAUAUAGUUGAAUAAUUUUUAUCAUUAUUACUAUUAAUAUUUUGUUAAUAAUGAUAUUAAUAUAGUAAUAAUGGUAUUAAUGAUAUUCAUAACAAUAAUUCAGUACGCCCUCUCAUAUUCGAGACCCCUUUAAUUUCGAGACCCCUCUAAUUCGAAACCACUUUAUAAAAGUUUGAACUAACAAUCUUCAAUAUUUUAUUUUUUAUUUUAUUUGGCGAACAGCACAAACACUACAAUAUUAAAUAUUUAAGUAUAUGAGAAAAAAAAAUAUAUUAACAGCAUUAGUCACAGCCCGGGAGGGACCAAAUAGACAAAGAUAAUAGCGAAGGUCUUCCCCAAAAGUUAACUAAAAGCUAACCGUCUUAUUUGAGACCAAACGCUGAGACCACCCCAAAAUUUCAGGUCCCAAAGAAUGGUCUUGAAAUGGAGGGCAUUGUGUAAUGUUAUGUCCAGUUCCUAUAUAGUGUCUCUUACAAUCCGAAGGUAGUGUCAAAUCACUUCCUACAUUAUUUGACCAGAUCAUUGGAGUCAUGUUUUAUAAGAAAAUUGGACCAUUUUGAAAAGCAGUACACUACUGUGUUACUGAAAAAGCACUCCAGUCAAAAGUAAAUAAAUAAAUAUUCACAGUGUGCAACUAAUUAUCAAUUGUGUAAGGGUGACGGUUUUGCUGAUAUAUUUUUUCCUAUAUUUUUUAAAAUAAUAUUGGUCGCAUUGAAAAUUGGAACUGUAAGUAAUUAUAAUAAGAACAAAUGUAAUAAUUGUGAAAUUUAAUAUUAUAACAUUUAACUAAUAUAUUGGAAUUGCAUGGUACAGACAUAAGAGAUAUUUACUUGGUGUGAAAUAGUUUUUUUUAACCAGGGACAUUUUUUUUUAUAGUUGAAGUAGAGGUAGAAUAUAUACAGUAUUAUGAGGCACAAACAUGGUACAGUAUCUUGCACAAGAGUAUAUAGUAUUAAUGAUGAAUGUAGGGUAUAUAAUAUAACUAUGCAAACUGAACAGUUGCAUAUUAAAGUACAUCUGGAAUUUAUUUUAAAUGGUAUGACUCCCGGUACUACUGUAGUAGUAAAAGUAAUAGACCUUUCCAGAGCGUCAAUCAAACCUAACAACUAGCUGACCAAUCAGAACAGGAGCAGCAACAUGUGCAUUUAACAAACACAUGUGUUGUCCCACUAAUACACAUGUUUGCAUAUGUUUUAACACUGUCACUAUAUCGUCGCUCACAUCACGAUUGUGUUAGUUCGUAAAAUCACAGUAGCGCAUCAAAACGAGCGCUUAUUGGUUGUCAAGCAAUUUUGUAUUCUUUACCAUACAAAAAGUCCUUAACAACAACAGCGCGUAUUUUGACGUGCUUUUUUGAUUUCACGAACUAUCACAAUUGAAUUUAAUUGUGUUAGUUCGUGAUGUGGGCGACGAUAUGUGGCCUUAGCAACAAUAACCAAGGGGUGGGGUUUAGCGGAAAGGUACAUUGUAUGUGCUAUCAACAAUUUUUUUUAAAGAGAGCAGUGAUUGAAUUGAAGUGAUAACUGAGUCUUUCUUUUCACCAGCAGCAAAAAAUGGUAUAAUUUUUUAAAACAUUGACUGUUAACCUAUGAGUAGUACCUUUUACUUGUAGUGGCAUACAUUGCGAUGAAACAUUUGUAGCAUUUGUAUAUAAUUAUGCUAAUGUCCAGGUUAGCUCAACAUUAAGCACUCUCCACACGGUCAAGUUAUAUAUGAAUUGACUAUAUGUAGCAAAGACAAUCCAAACCAGUCACUCGUCGCAAAUCCUGUUUCAGAGAUAUUGCCCAAAACAUGCUGGAAUGUCAAAUUUAAAAAAAACAAAACUAUUUUAUUGCACUAAAGCCAAUGUUUAUAUGUCUAUACAUCAUGUCAUGCUGUUAUUUACCCCAUUUUCAAUGUUAAAAGAAUAAUUUUUAAUGAUUUGGUGAUGGUUUCUGCCUGAGAAAUGCCCGAAAUUAUAAACUUUGUAGGCCGAUUUCUCAAAUAUUGUUCUUUAAACAGCUGUAUGU